AUGCCUAGCAAGCCUACCCAGGUCUCUGCAGCCAUAAUGCGUGUUGGAAUCUGGCUCCUGGGAUGCCUGGCAUUAUCCCAAUUGAGCAGCCUGACUCUGGGCGUGGAGUCAAGACGAGUGUCUGAUGUGUGGGAAGUGGAGCUGAACGACCAGUCGUAUGGAGACAACCCCAACGCGCGGAAGAUCCUCCAGUCGAAACAGGACGAGAAUCUGUGGGAUGCUGCCUCUUCGGGUGAUGCUGAUGCCACUAAGAAGGCUAUCAAGAAGGGCGCGAAUGUAGAGGUGAUGCUGGGGCCACCAGGAAUAACUCCACUCUUUGUGGCCUCUGAAAUGGGCUACUCCGAAGUUGUGGACGUCCUCAUCGAAGCGAAUGCCAACAUCUCAACAAUACGCGAGUUGGAUGGCGCCACGCCCCUCUUCGUGGCAUCCGAGUUUGGUCACUCCGACGUUGUAACCCUUCUGCUGGAUGCUGGUGCCGAUCCAGACCACGGCCGCUCCAGCGACGACACGCCGCCCCUUGUGGUGGCGCCCAUCACUCUGGGCAUCUCUAGCGAGGUCGUGGUCAGGACCCUGAUCGAGGAGGGGGCCAACAUAAGCCUGCCCAAUGCAGAUGGCUGGACAGGACUGUACGCAUCAGCAUACUGGGGCAACGUAGGCACUCUAAGGAUCUUCCUGCAGGGUGGUGCGGACCCUAAGGUCCGGGACGCCAAGGGCAACCAGCCCAAGGACGUCAUCUGCAGGUGCACAACACAUGACGAAAACUACCUUCAGUGUGGACAUGGUGGUUGUGACAAUCCGAGGGUGGUCGAAGACAUAGGGAAGCUGCUGCUGGUCUUCAACGCCACUGCCAAAGUGGAGGCAACUCCUGGAGUCAACGGAAACAGGAAGGGCAACAAGGCGAAAUGUGACGCGGCGGGCGAAGAGACGCCCUUCGAUUGCAUCCUGGAUACGAAUCUGGGCAGAAGGUGA